GGAUAUAUUAAAGCUACGUGUCUCUUGCAAGAGGACAAAUACAUUGGCAGAGAGGAAGAGGGAACUUCUUACAGGGGCAGUAGUAACAGUGUGUACACGCAGCUCUGUAUAUAUAUAUCUAUAUAUAUAUGUAUAUAUACAUAUGUAUAUACAUAUUAUAUAUACAUAUACAUAUACAUAUACAUGCGCGUGUACAGAGAGGCAUAGUUAGAUGUGCGUACAUAAAUAAAUAAAUAAAUAAAUAAGAGGCAGAGAUAGCAACAGACGAAAAAAGCAGCAACAAUCUUUCCAAAGUUCUUCACCGUUUUUCACGUUUUUACAUGUUAAUCCCAUUUUUUUUUAGCAGUCAUGACUACCAAGCUGCCAUCCACGCCCAUCACACAGCAACCAAGAAGCACGUCAAAGUUAUCUCUUGCUUCCAAACUAAUGACCAAUAAUCACAUUGACCACGAGAUCUGCGAAAAAGCCUGGUCAUCUGGUCUUUGUGACUGUCAGGACGAUCAAAAACACAACUGUCUCUCCUCGUUGUGCUGCUGGCCAUUCUUUAAAUAUACUUUGGCCAUGCGUAUCGGUGAAUCUCCAUUUGUGUCUCUCAUUCCUUGUGCAGUGUUUGCUCUGCGAGUAAAACUGAGGACGGUCCUAAGUAUUAAGGGAUCAAUAAUUGAUGACUUUUUUGCUGUCUUGUGCUGUGAGCCGUGCGCUGUAUGUCAAAUGUCCAGAGAACUGGACAAUGCUGGACUUUAAACAAUACAAAACAUUUCGUUCUCA